GAAGAGUUCGUUGUUUGUUUACACGAUGUGAGCGGAAAAAGAGACCAAUAAAGUUUAUUCUGGAAACAAAAGGAAAAAAAAACAGGGGUGACAGAGAAAGGAGACGGGGGCGGGGGCGUGCGGCGGGGGCUAGCGAGCAGACGGAGCUGGAAGGAGAAAGCGACAGUUCCGGUGCCGCCGCUGCGGCCGCCGAACUCUAGGCUUGCUGCUGCCACGGCCGCUGGGGCUGGGGCCGCCGGCGACGCACGGCUCGGGCCCCGCCGGGCAGCUCCGGAGCGGCGGGGGAGAGGGGCCGGGAGCCGGGGGCCGUGCCGCCCGCUCUCCUCUCCCUCGACGCCGCCGCCGCCGCCGCCGCCGCCCGCGGGGCUGGGACCCGAUGCGGCUCGAGCCGCGGACCCCGGAGGAGCCCCGAAUAUUUCUGUUUUGGGACAGCCACGUGUCUAAUUCCUUAAAGCAGUUUUAUAUGUAAAACUUGUAAAGGAUCAAAACAAUGCCUCCAAGACCAUCAUCAGGUGAACUGUGGGGCAUCCACUUGAUGCCCCCAAGAAUCCUAGUAGAAUGUUUACUACCAAAUGGAAUGAUAGUGACUUUAGAAUGCCUCCGUGAGGCUACAUUAAUAACUAUAAAGCAUGAACUAUUUAAAGAAGCAAGAAAAUAUCCUCUCCAUCAACUUCUUCAAGAUGAAUCUUCUUACAUUUUCGUAAGUGUUACCCAAGAAGCAGAAAGGGAAGAAUUUUUUGAUGAAACAAGACGACUUUGUGACCUUCGGCUUUUUCAACCCUUUUUAAAAGUAAUUGAGCCAGUAGGCAACCGUGAAGAAAAGAUCCUCAAUCGAGAAAUUGGUUUUGCCAUUGGCAUGCCAGUGUGUGAAUUUGAUAUGGUUAAAGAUCCAGAAGUACAGGACUUCCGAAGAAAUAUUCUAAACGUUUGUAAAGAAGCUGUGGAUCUCAGAGAUCUUAAUUCACCUCAUAGUAGAGCAAUGUAUGUCUAUCCUCCAAAUGUAGAAUCUUCACCAGAACUGCCAAAGCACAUAUAUAAUAAAUUAGAUAAAGGGCAAAUAAUAGUGGUGAUUUGGGUAAUAGUUUCUCCAAAUAAUGACAAGCAGAAGUAUACUCUGAAAAUCAAUCAUGACUGUGUGCCAGAACAAGUAAUUGCUGAAGCAAUCAGGAAAAAAACCCGAAGUAUGUUGUUAUCAUCUGAACAACUAAAACUCUGUGUUUUAGAAUAUCAGGGCAAGUAUAUUUUAAAAGUUUGUGGAUGUGAUGAAUACUUCCUAGAAAAAUACCCUCUGAGUCAGUAUAAGUACAUAAGAAGCUGUAUAAUGCUCGGAAGGAUGCCUAAUUUAAUGCUAAUGGCUAAAGAAAGCCUUUACUCUCAACUGCCAAUGGACUGUUUUACAAUGCCAUCUUAUUCCAGACGCAUCUCCACAGCUACACCAUACAUGAAUGGAGAAACAUCUACAAAAUCCCUUUGGGUUAUAAAUAGUGCACUCAGAAUAAAAAUUCUCUGUGCAACCUAUGUAAAUGUAAAUAUUCGAGACAUAGACAAGAUCUAUGUUCGAACGGGUAUCUACCAUGGAGGAGAACCCUUAUGUGAUAAUGUGAACACUCAAAGAGUACCUUGUUCCAAUCCCAGGUGGAAUGAAUGGCUGAAUUAUGAUAUAUACAUUCCCGAUCUUCCUCGUGCUGCUCGACUUUGCCUUUCCAUUUGUUCUGUUAAAGGCCGAAAGGGUGCUAAAGAGGAACACUGUCCAUUAGCCUGGGGAAAUAUAAACUUGUUUGAUUACACAGAUACUCUAGUAUCUGGAAAAAUGGCUUUGAAUCUUUGGCCAGUACCUCAUGGAUUAGAAGAUUUGCUGAACCCUAUUGGUGUCACUGGGUCAAAUCCAAAUAAAGAAACUCCAUGCUUAGAGUUGGAGUUUGACUGGUUCAGCAGUGUGGUAAAAUUUCCAGAUAUGUCAGUGAUUGAAGAGCAUGCCAAUUGGUCUGUAUCCCGAGAAGCAGGAUUUAGUUACUCCCAUGCAGGACUGAGUAACAGACUAGCUAGAGACAAUGAAUUAAGAGAAAAUGAUAAAGAACAGCUCCGAGCAAUUUGUACCCGAGAUCCACUGUCUGAAAUCACUGAGCAAGAGAAAGAUUUUCUGUGGAGCCAUAGACAUUACUGUGUAACUAUCCCUGAAAUUCUACCCAAAUUACUUCUGUCUGUUAAAUGGAAUUCUAGAGACGAAGUAGCUCAGAUGUACUGCUUGGUAAAAGAUUGGCCUCCAAUCAAACCUGAACAAGCUAUGGAGCUUCUGGACUGCAAUUACCCAGAUCCUAUGGUUCGAGGUUUUGCUGUUCGAUGCUUGGAAAAAUACUUAACAGAUGACAAACUUUCUCAGUACCUAAUUCAGCUAGUACAGGUCCUAAAAUAUGAACAGUAUUUGGAUAACCUGCUUGUGAGAUUUUUACUCAAGAAAGCAUUGACUAAUCAAAGGAUUGGGCACUUUUUCUUUUGGCAUUUAAAAUCUGAGAUGCAUAAUAAAACAGUUAGCCAGAGGUUUGGCCUGCUUUUGGAGUCCUACUGUCGUGCAUGUGGAAUGUAUUUGAAACAUCUAAAUAGGCAAGUUGAGGCUAUGGAAAAGCUCAUUAACUUAACUGACAUUCUCAAACAAGAGAAGAAGGAUGAAACACAAAAGGUACAGAUGAAGUUUUUAGUUGAGCAAAUGCGGCGACCAGAUUUCAUGGAUGCUCUACAGGGCUUUCUGUCUCCUCUAAAUCCUGCUCAUCAGCUAGGAAAUCUCAGGCUUGAAGAGUGUCGAAUUAUGUCCUCUGCCAAAAGGCCACUGUGGUUGAAUUGGGAGAACCCAGACAUCAUGUCAGAGUUACUCUUUCAGAACAAUGAGAUCAUCUUUAAAAAUGGGGAUGGUAAGGAAGAAUAUUUUUUCAGAAUGUUACCUUAUGGCUGUCUGUCAAUUGGUGACUGUGUGGGACUUAUUGAGGUGGUGAGAAAUUCUCACACUAUUAUGCAAAUUCAGUGCAAAGGUGGCCUGAAAGGCGCACUGCAGUUUAACAGUCACACGCUACAUCAGUGGCUCAAAGACAAGAAUAAAGGAGAAAUAUAUGAUGCAGCCAUUGAUCUGUUUACACGUUCAUGUGCUGGAUAUUGUGUUGCUACCUUCAUUUUGGGAAUUGGAGAUCGUCACAAUAGUAACAUCAUGGUCAAAGAUGAUGGACAGCUGUUUCAUAUAGAUUUUGGACACUUUUUGGAUCAUAAGAAGAAAAAAUUUGGUUAUAAACGAGAACGUGUGCCAUUUGUUUUGACACAAGAUUUCUUAAUAGUGAUUAGUAAAGGAGCCCAAGAAUGCACAAAGACAAGAGAAUUUGAGAGGUUUCAGGAGAUGUGUUACAAGGCUUAUCUAGCUAUUCGGCAGCAUGCCAAUCUCUUCAUAAAUCUUUUCUCAAUGAUGCUUGGCUCUGGAAUGCCAGAACUGCAGUCUUUUGAUGAUAUUGCAUAUAUUCGAAAGACCCUAGCUUUAGAUAAAACUGAGCAAGAGGCUUUGGAAUAUUUCAUGAAACAAAUGAAUGAUGCACAUCAUGGUGGCUGGACAACAAAAAUGGAUUGGAUCUUCCAUACAAUUAAGCAGCAUGCCUUGAACUGAAAUGAUAACUGACAAACUGAAAGCUCAAUAUCUGGAUUCUAUACUGCACUGUUAAUAACUGUCAACAGGCAAAGACUGAUUGCAUAGGAAUUGCACAAUCCAUGAACAGCAUUAGAAUUUACAUCAAGAACAGAAAUAAAAUACUAUAUAAUUUAAAUAAUGUAAAUGCAAACAGGGUUUGAGAGCACUAAACUAGUUCAUUUCAAAAAUUAAGCUUUAGAAUAAUGCGCAAUUUCAUGUUAUGCCUUAAGUCCAAAAGGUAAACUUUGAAGAUUAUUUGUAUCUUUUUUAAAAAACAAAACAAAACAAAAAAAUCCAAAAUAUAUAGAAAUGAUGGAGAAGGAAAAAGGAUGAUGUUCUUUCUUUGUCUUGCAAAUGCUAUAUGUUUUGGAAUGUGGACACAACAAAGCCUAUUAUUAUUAGGUUCAAGUGAAAUGGAGUUUGAUGUUAAAUUACAUUAAGAUUAGAAAAUAAUGAAAAUUUCUUAUUUUUCCAUUGCUGUUCAAUUUACAGUUUGAAGUAGGUUUUUUGACUCCUUGUUUAAUGAAGAAAAAUGCUUGGGGUGGAAGGGACUCUUGAGAUUUCAACAGAGACUUUUCCUUUUUAAUAAAUCAAACCUUUUGACAAUUUGGGGUCUUAUCUGGAAAGUUUUGGAAGCAGACACAAAUGAGACCUAUUACAAGGCGGUGUUUUAGGGUUUUUUUUCUGGACAGUAUUUACAAGAAUCUGAUUCUUACUUUCCAGGGAAAUUCUGGGCUCCCACAAAGUAAAAUAAUCAUCAUAGGGAAAGGAUGAGCAGGAAUAGUUCUGGCUCCAGAAUUGUACAGUAUUCACCUUAGGUUGAUUUUUUUUUUCUUCUUUUGCAAUUGAAUUGAAUACAUUUUCAUGCAUGUUUUCCAGAAAAUAGAAGUGAGUAUUAAUGUUAUUAAAAAGAUUAUUUUUUUUAUUAAAGGCUAUUUAUAUUAUAGAAACUAUCAUUAAUAUAUAUUCUUUAUUUACAUAAUCUGUCCCAUAGUCAUGCAUUGUUUUGCACCCCAAAUUUUUUAUUGUCCAUAGCAGCAUAGUCAGCUUUUCUCUUGGUCUGUGGGUGAGGCUCAGGCACUAUGCGAUUUAUACCAAUAACUAAUGUGUAGCUACUUAAGGAAAACAUUAAAAGUUUAUCAUCUUUCUUUUUCUUUCUUUCUGUUUUCACAUGAAUACUCCAUCUUCCAUCCUCUUUUAUACUUGAUAAAGCCUCAAUCAUGAAAUUAGAUACCAAAUUAACACAAGUUAGAGUAUAUUACUGAUUGCUUAAGUCCCUCUACCGAGGUAUGCUCAUGAAUAAUCCUUUAUAAUAAGGCGGAAUAGAAACCACGAACUUUUUACCUUUUUUGGCUAAUCAUCCAAUAUUUCUAUAAUAAAAGUAGUAUCUUAAACCAUUUUAAGAUCAUGUCCCAUAUCCAAGUGGUCAGGACUUAACUCUCCCACUUCAUUAAAUUGUAUUGAACACAAGAUACACUCUUAAACACUUUGAACCCAAGAGGUAGGGGCUGAUGCUAGUCAUCACUCUAGAAUCUGCUAUUUUACUUAGUAUUUUAAACAGAUGACUAAUGCCCUAGGAAAUAGCUUUAGCGAAUGUCCAGGUGCCACACCAGAAAAAGUGCAAUAAAUUACUGACAGUUUCCUAGAUUAGGCAUAUUGGAAUACAACUAUAAAGAGUGCACGUUGUGCACGUUGUAUGUUCUAGUAAAACAUUGUAAAAAGUAAUUCAUUUAUGAAAUUAGUUACCUAUAGAAGUCUUGAAUAGUGAACAAGGGACUCUAAUUCAAAAACUUUUAAUAUUUGGCUAUUUUAGAACCUUUAAAAGGGCAUAAUUAUUGGAGAUUUAGGGGCCUCACUAAAGCAUGUAUAUAAUACUACCAACAAGAAAAAUAAAUUUGAAGAUUAGGGGAACUUAUUUCUGUAAACUGUCUUGGAAUAAGUAAGAAGAAUUUAAACUCUAUUUUAAGCAGGAAGCCAGAUUCUUUUGCAGAUGUAGAAGAUUUCAUCUUAUCAAAACAUCAUGAUUAACAUUUUGUGUCUUUUAGGCAUAUUCAGUUAAUACAUACUAACAUCUCCGAGUCUUUUCUGUGUCAGGGAUUGAUUACAGGAAAACUCAAGGAAAUGAUACACAUCUGAAACUUUGAUGUUGGAAACUAAUGAUUAACAGAGAACCGCAUUUUACCCAAGUGCCAAAAAAGCUUUUGAGCUUCCUUGCACAAAAUUCAUACAUUUUUUUGAGUUUCUCACAUUAGUCCAGGUAGUCCCCUUCCCCUGGGACUGUUCCACUAUUAAAACACAAACCAUAUAGCUUAUUUCAUCGUUUACAUUUAUGUUCAAGAGUCUGCAACCAAAUUAACUGUGUUUGAAGAAAUGUAGACAAGUUUUAUAAAGAAUAUAGAUUGAGUGAUCUAGCUAAAAGCAAAGUAAAUUUUAAACAAAUCCAAGCAGCAUUUAAGCAAACAACAUUAAAAAUAAGAAAAAGGUAGUAUUCAGCAGGCAAAGAACCAAAAUUUGAAUUGAAUGCUACAUGGGGUGACUAGGAUGUGUUUCAAGUUGGUGAUAAUAUAGCUGCUUCCAGGUACUUCAGUAUCAGGUAUCAAUUCUCAUGGAUUGAUCAGUUCCAAAGACUAACCAACCUUGUCAUUGAAUGUGGUAUAACUAUUGACUACAGUUUCAUUUGGUCACUUGAAAAAUAUUUCCUUUAAUGUCUUUUAGAGAAAAGAAGAAAAGCAGGUUUAAAGAAAGUGAAGCCUAAUUUAAACAUUCUAGCAAAAAAUAAUCAACUGAUAAUCUUAUGCUUUAACUUUUUAUCAUAUUUUUAGCUAUACAAAAUGAUUUAUUUUGAAGAUUUUUAGACUGCUGUUAAUUUGAAAUCUGUUAAUCAUAUUGUAGAAUUUGGUUUUUUAAAAAGAUGUUUCUAAUUGGAUUUUUUAAAGAAUAAUGGAAUUUGGUCACUAUUUUACAGUAGACCCUAAGCUUUUUGUGGUUCUUAGUGUCCUCUGUAAAACUUACUGUCAAAGUAAUCAACGUUUGAGGUUUUCCCUUCUAAUCUGCUUUAUAUUACAAGCCCUUUAGGAAAUGGGAUGCUGGUGAAUAUAAAAUGAAUUGUAAAAUAUUUUAAUGUGUAACUUUUUCAACUGUGAAACUAUGACUAUUGGUUUUCUGAUGAAAACAGCUGCUGAUAAAGUAUUUUGUGUAAAGUGUAGUUCUUAUUAAUCAGGAAAAUAAUGACUUGAUUAGAAUGUAUAUUCCCUCUUGGAAUUUAUUUUUAAUAGAUUGGUGAUUUUCACAGGUUAAACACAGUCCAUCUGUAUUCUCUUUUCCAUCAAAAAUUGAGUGAUUUUACAUUAUAAAAAAAUGAUGAGCAGCCUAUCUACUUUGAAGAAUCCCUGGAAAUUUCACAGCACAUAAAGUUGGAUUUGUUUCCUAAUGAUUUUAGAAAUCCAUUUAAUUCAUAUUCUGACCAGUAGCUAGCCCAUGCCUGCCAACUCUUUGAAGAAAUUAAAAUUUUUCCAGCAUUAUUUUAAAGGCAGCAGGUUAAUCUUUCUGAAUGUUCUAAGUUCCUUUUAUCUCUGCACAAACUGCAGACCAAGGCUGGACCCACAUACUCAGAAUCCACCUUAAAAAUUGAUUUUGAUGUCUAAGACAUCACUAAAAUAUUUCAGUUUAAAGACCAUAUGUGGUGAUAAGAGAUUGUGAUGCUCCUAUUAUUUAAGAACAACUUUCAUACUUCAGAUGUUUUUGAGAAGAGGGGAAUGUUGAAGGAGGGGCAAAGCAGGGAGUUGUUGUUUGAAUGAAUUAAAUUCCUCAUAUCCAUCCUGCUCAGAUGGGGCACUAAGCAAAGGCAGAAAAUUUUGAGUAUAUUGUGCAUAUAUGAGGGAAUUAACUCUUCAAUAAGGAUGAGAUUGUGAAGUCUGAACUAUAAAAUUUAGAAUUGACAGCAUCCUACUCUUGGUGACAGACUAAUACAGCUGGGCUGUUUUUUAAAAUAUAUACACAAAACAUUUUUUUAAUUAUUAAAAAUUGUAAAUGUAUUUUAUGUGCCAUGGCCUGGGGGAGCCUUUUUGCUUUUAAGAGUUGUUCUCACUUUCCGAAAAGAUGAUGGGGUUUAGCUCAAGAUAACUAUGGUCCUGAUAAAAUUGGAUUGGUAACUCUACCUCAGAAGGCUAAUAAGAAAAAAAAAAUAGGUAAGUCGUAAUUCAAUACUUAAGGAUCUGAUACUGCAGAAAUUUGCAGAACACUGUAUUUUAGAUUAAUAAAGUCAGAGUUGGCAUGCCUUGUUUUUAAUGGCAUUGGAGAUGCUAAGGAACAUUUUUGGUUAAAAUUUAAUCAUUUCCUCAGCCUUUUGGAAAAAGCUAUAUAGUGCCUGGAGGUUCACUAAUAAUAAAGAAAAGAAAACACAAUUUCAA